AUGGCCAUGAGGAGGCUUAAUAAAUCAGCUGGGAAUCUUGAAAUUAUGGGUGCUCCACUCACAGGGACAGAUCUGAGAGCUUAUGUAAUGUCUGGAGGUGGUGUUACUUUGAAGAAAUUUAAGCCAGGGCUUCGGGGCAAACGAUGUUUUCUUAUCUUCCCAAUUCAUGGUUCUGAGAGAAAAGGCUUAGUAAGCGUUGAAGUCAAGAAUAAGAAAGCCCGGACCUCGAAAGGAGACCACGUAGCAUUAGUUAAGGAAGACACAGGAGCUGUGUUGGUGAAGACACAAGAACUGUGUUGCCCAAAUUCUGUUUUGUUUUAG